UUUUCACGCUCGUUACACACACCCCUGCAACUUGCUAGCUACGCCGUUACUGCCCCUCCCGUCGACGCUAUCCAAUCCACCUCGUGGCCUGUCGAAUCCAUCGGCAUCCGGCUCUCCGACCUUAAGCAGUCUAAGUUUGAUUGUCUGCUCGCCAGCUGUAUGCCAUGGGCAUUCUCACAUCUUAUACAACCCAAGGGCACGCAAGUGGCUAUUGUCUUCCCACCACCAAAGUAUCGAGUGAGAACGCAGAGAGGGGCGAAGCUGUCACGAAAUUGUUCCAGAUGGACGAUCGUCCAGCGAAGAUCGGCAGGCGACAUCCAUAGCCUCAGCAUCACCACUUUCCACAAGGAAUUGGUGCGACGAAACCAUCCACGCAAAACUAGUUCGACUGGUUGGAUCAAUAUCAUCAAUAAGUUCAACGGCAGACGCUUUUCCCUUGAUUGCAUCGUGGCGCUAACCCAAUUCAUCAAAGAACCCUCACUUACCAUCCAAUCUGCCGUGGGUGACAGACCUCUACGACUUAUUGGGGCUGUGAUCACCGUAUGGGGGAUAUUGAAUUUGCCUUUGGACACCGCAUGUUGCGAGUGGCCGGCAUUAUCCCAGGAAGCGGAUUUGGAGCGACUCCGCACAUACUAG